GUGAUCUUCUGUCUUCAUAGGUAUGUGCCAUGGAACUACCACGAACCCCAGCUGGGCGUGUAUGACUUUUCGGGUGACAAAGAUCUAGAGUAUUUCCUGCAGCUUGCUAAUGACACUGGUUUGCUGGUUAUCCUGAGAGCUGGACCUUACAUCUGUGCAGAAUGGGACAUGGGAGGUCUUCCUGCAUGGCUGUUGGAGAAGAAAUCUAUUGUUCUCAGGUCUUCUGAUUCAGAUUAUCUGGCAGCAGUAGAGAAAUGGAUGGGUGUCCUUUUGCCAAAGAUGAGGCCUCACCUCUAUCAAAAUGGAGGUCCAAUCAUCAUGGUGCAGGUCGAGAAUGAGUAUGGAAGCUACUUCGCUUGUGACUAUGACUAUCUGCGUUCCCUUCUGAAGCUCUUUCGCCAGCAUCUUGGGGAUGAGGUGGUGCUGUUCACAACUGAUGGUGCAAGCCAGUUUCACUUGAGGUGUGGAGCUCUUCAGGGUCUUUAUGCAACAGUGGACUUUGCCCCAGGUGGCAAUGUCACAGCAGCAUUCUUGGCUCAAAGGGGCAGUGAACCUACGGGCCCUUUGGUUAAUUCUGAGUUUUACACUGGAUGGUUGGAUCACUGGGGGCACCGUCAUUCUGUUGUACCCGCACAAACUAUAGCUAAAACACUUAAUGAAAUCCUGGCACGUGGUGCUAACGUUAACUUGUACAUGUUUAUAGGUGGGACUAACUUUGCCUAUUGGAAUGGUGCUAAUAUGCCCUAUAUGCCACAACCCACUAGUUACGACUAUGAUGCUCCACUGAGUGAAGCGGGGGAUCUGACAGAAAAAUAUUUUGCCUUGAGGGAAGUCAUUGGUAUGUAUAAGCAGUUACCAGAAGGUCUUAUCCCUCCGACAACACCCAAAUUUGCAUACGGGAAGGUUCGCUUGCAGAAGGUGGGCACUGUGGUGGAGGUUCUUGACAGGCUGUCGCCUGCGGGACCGGUGAAAAGCACUUACCCAUUAACCUUUGUUCAGCUAAAGCAGUAUUUUGGGUUUGUACUGUACAGAACUACGCUUCCAAAAAACUGUACGGAGCCAACACAACUGUCUUCACCUUUAAAUGGAGUCCAUGAUCGUGCCUAUGUCUCUGUUGAUGGGGUUCCUCAAGGUGUCCUUGAAAGGGACAAAUCACUUAUGAUAAAUAUAACUGGGAAGGCUGGAGCAAAUCUGGACAUCUUGGUAGAGAAUAUGGGCCGAGUCAACUUCGGUAGAUACAAUAAUGACUUUAAGGGUCUAGUUUCAAAUUUAACUCUUGAUCAAGAUAUACUUGUUGAGUGGGAAAUCUAUCCUCUAGAUAUAGAUGGAGCAGUGAACCAUGACAUUAAUGGCCACCUUGACCGACCAAAGAGAUCUGGCAAUCCACUGAGUUAUGAAGCACCUACUUUUUACACUGGUAGACUUUCAAUUCCUGGAGGGAUUCCAGACUUGCCUCAAGACACCUAUGUCAAGUUUCCUGGCUGGACAAAGGGGCAAAUUUGGAUCAAUGGCUUUAAUCUUGGUCGCUACUGGCCGGCCCGUGGUCCUCAGUUGACCCUUUUUGUUCCAAGGAAUAUACUUGUUUCAUCGGUGCCAAACAACAUAACAGUGUUGGAGCUGGAGCGUUCUCCUUGCAGCAUCCAGGCAUGCGAGAUAGAAUUUGUAGACAAACCUAAUAUCAAUGCAACUGCACAGUAUGAAAAUGAUGCCCCCCAACUCUUUGUUAGAGACAUACAGCUGAACUAUCUAUAAUGAUCUGAAUAUUUCCUUAUCUUCCCCC